CUUUUGCCAAUAAUUGUCCAAAGCAUCUCUCAUAUCAGUUAGAUUCAUUAUAUCAAUUCCUUUCUUAACUUCUGUUGUUCAAUUCUUUCAGAAAUCAUUUUUCUGAUUUGUUUCUUCUCUAGAGUCUGAUAGUUGUUGCUUGAUAUAACUCCAUCAUGUCCAAUGAUCUCCCCAUUGAAUUUACUGAAUUAACAAAUUUAGUAUCUGAUUAUUCAGUUGAUCCAUCCAAGAUUGAUUUCAAGAACUGUACUUUAUCUGAAAAUUGUAUUUCAAUUAAAGAUGAUUCUUCUGUUUCAAUUAUUCCCUUGAAAUCUUCCAACUCAACUAAUGACGAUGCUUUGCCAUCACCCCAAAGUUUGAUUAAAAAAAAUAUGAAUGCUGAUAGUAUAAUUAUGCAUCCAAAUGAACUAAUUAUUGGUUUAAAGUCAAACCAGACAAUGCAAAUUUUCAAUUUAGCUGAGAAAAAAAGACUAAACAAUUACACCCUUCCUUCUCCAAACGAAACCGUUUUAUUUUGGAAAUGGAUUAAUCCAAGUUAUAUUGUAAUGGUAUCAAAUAUAAACUUAUAUCUUUGGAAUGCUGUCAAACUAAACUCUGCUCCUAUAUUGCUCACUCAAAAAAAUCAGGCUUUGAACAAUUGUCAAAUCAUUAAUAUCUCGGCCAACAAGAAGUUAUCCUGGUUUGCAAUUAACGGAAUUUAUCAAGAUGGUGGUAAAAUUUUAGGUAAAAUUCAAUUAUUUUCCAAAGAAAGAAACAUUUCUCAAAUUAUCGAUGGUCAUGUCUCCAAUUUUGCAACUUUCAAAAACUAUUCCUUGUUUAUCAUUGCCAAUAAACCUAACAAUGUAAAUUCUUCAUCGUCCAAUAAUGGCCAUGUUCAUAUAAUCGAAAUUGAUCACGAUGCAAAUUUUCCUCCUUAUCAAAAAAAAAAUGUAGACUUAUUCUUCCCUCAAGAUGCUGCUAACGAUUUUCCAAUCUCUUGUCAAGUCUCUGAAAAAUACGGUAUCAUUUAUAUUCUAUCUAAACAUGGUUUUAUCCACUUGUAUGAUGUAGAAACUGCUCAAAACUUGUUUGUCAACAGAAUCUCCAUUGAUCCUAUUUUCACAGCUGUCAAUCAUAAAAAUGGUUUAUUGACAAUUAAUAAAAAAUCUCAGUUGUUAUUAAUUGAUAUCAAUAAAAACACCAUUAUUCCCUAUGUCUUAAAUAAAUUGUCAAAUGUCAACUUGGCGCUUUCUUUAGCGCAAAGAGGUAACUUUCCUGGCUGUGAAAACAUUUUUAAUCAACAAUUUCAACAGGCUUUAGCCGCUGGUGAAUACGAUAAUGCUGCAACACUAGCUGCUUCCUCUCCCCAACUAAGAACCCCGGAAACUAUUAACAAAUUGAAAAAUAUUCAACCUGUUCCUGGUCAAAUCUCUCCAAUUUUAAAAUACUUUUCAAUUUUAUUAGACAACGACAAAUUAAACAAGUAUGAAUCAAUUGAAUUGGCUAAACCCGUUUUAACUCAAAAUAAAAAACGGUUAUUUGAAAAUUGGUUAUCUCAAUCAAAACUAUCAUUUUCUGAAGAAUUGGGUGAUAUUACUAAGCCUCAUGACACAACCUUAGCUUUAAAAAUCUAUCUUGGUGUUGGCAAUGAUGUUCUUGGUAUCGAAAACUCAAAUGGUUCCUACAAUGCUGCAAAUAGCAAUUCUUUGACUUCUUCUCCUUCUUUGAACAAUAAAAUUAUUAUUUGUUUAGUUGAAUUAGGCCAAUUUGAUAAAAUUGUUCCUUAUUGCACAAAAAUCAAUUUCAAACCAAAUUUCUUAACUUUGACUCAAAUGGUUCUAAGAUCAAAUCCAGACAAGGCUGUUGAAUUUGCUAACGAAUUAUUCUCCAAGGGUAUUAUCUCAAAUGAUCCAAAUUCUGACUUGAGCGUCGAAAAAGUUACUGAUUCCUUUUUUUCUCAAAAUUUUAUUCAGCAAGGAACUGCUUUUCUUUUGGAAGCUUUGAAAUCUGAUCAACCAUCUGAAGGUCGUUUACAAACAAGAUUAUUGGAAAUUAACUUGCUACAUGCUCCUCAAGUUGCUGAAGCAAUUUUAUCUAAUAAUAUGUUUAAUCAUUAUGAUAGACCAACUGUCGCUAAAUUAUGUGAAAGUGCAGGUUUGUUUCAAAAAGCUUUGGAAAACUACACUGAUUUGAAAGAUAUUAAAAGGUGUAUUGUUCAUACUGAAGCCUUACCAAUUGAUUGGUUAAUCAACUACUUUGGCCAGCUUAACAUUGAACAAUCAAUGGCAUGUCUUAGAGAAUUGUUAGAUAAAAAUAUUGCUCAAAACUUACAAAUUGUUAUUCAAGUUGCCACCAAAUAUUCAGAAUUAAUUGGUUCGGAUUCUUUAAUUAAAUUAUUUGAAGAGUUCAAGUGCAGUGAGGGUUUGUACUAUUAUUUAGCUUCAAUUGUCAAUUUAAGUCAAGAUGAAAAUGUUGUCUUCAAAUAUAUUCAAUCUGCUUGCAAAUUGGGUCAAUUUAAAGAAGUUGAAAGAAUUGUUAGAGAAAAUAACUAUUAUAAUGGUGAAAAGGUUAAAAACUUCCUUAAAGAACAAAAACUACAGGAUCAGUUGCCUUUAGUCGUUGUUUGUGAUCGUUUCAAUUUUGUUCAUGAUUUAGUUUUAUAUCUUUACAAGAAUCAAUUUUUCAAGUUUAUUGAAGUUUAUGUUCAACAGGUUAAUCCAUCAAGAACUCCUGAAGUUGUUGCUGGUUUGUUGGAUGUUGAUUGCGAUGAAAACAUUAUCAAAAAUCUCUUGGCUAGUGUUUUGGGUCAAGUUCCUUUGCCUGCAUUAGUUGAGCUUGUUGAAAAGAGAAAUAGAUUAAAACUUUUGUUACCAUAUUUAGAAGGUCUUUUAAAUCAACGCAGCCAGGAUGUUGUUUUAUUCAACACGCUUGCCAAAAUUUAUAUUGAUUCAAACAACAAUCCUGAAAAAUUUUUGCAGGAAAAUAAUCUAUAUAACACUGUUGAGGUUGGUAGAUAUUGUGAAAAAAGAGAUCCAUACUUGGCUUAUAUUUGUUACUCAAAGGGUCAGAAUGAUGAAGAUUUAAUCAGAAUCACAAAUUACAACUCGAUGUUUAAAUAUCAAGCCAGGUAUUUAUUGGAAAGAUCUGAUUUGGAACUAUAUAGCGUGGUUUUAAGUGAUGAAAACAUGUACCGAAGACAAUUAAUUGAUCAACUUGUUGGUACAGCUAUUCCAGAAUUGACUAAUCCAGACCCUGUGUCAAUAGCUGUUAAAGCAUUUAUGGACAAUAACUUACCAAUGGAAUUGAUUGAAUUAUUAGAAAAAAUUAUUCUUGAGCCAGAUUCCACCUUUAAUGAUAAUGCUUCACUUCAAGGUUUGUUGAUUUUAACUGCUGUCAAGGCCUAUCCAGCUAAAGUGAUGGGGUACGUUGAAAAGUUGGAUAGGUAUGAUGCAAAGGAAAUUGCUCCUUUGUGUAUUGAAAGUGGAUUGAAUGAGGAAGCCUUCCACAUCUAUGAUAAGUUUGAAUUAAAAGCAGAUGCUAUGAAAGUUCUCAUUGAAGAUAUCAUGUCUUUAGAUAGAGGUGAAGAGUAUGCAGAGAAACUUGAUGAAACUGAUUUAUGGUUCCAAUUAGGUACUGCUCAAUUAAAUGGUCUUAGAAUUGACAACGCUAUUAGUUCUUAUAUUAAAUCCAAUAAUCCAUCCAAUUAUUCAGAUGUUAUUGAUGUUGCUGAACAGGCUGGAAAGUAUGAAGAAUUAGUUCCUUAUCUUAGAAUGGCAAGACAGACUUUGAGUGAAAGUAAGAUUGAUGGUGAAUUGAUUUUAUGUUUGGCUGAAUUAGAUCAAUUACAAGAAAUCUCUAUUUUCUUAAAUAGCACUAAUACUGCCCAGUCGCAAGAUAUUGGAGACAAAUUGUUUGAUAUGAAAAAUUAUAAAGCGGCAAAGUUAUUGUACGAAAACAUCUCCAACUACUCCAAACUAGCCAGCACUUUAGUUUACUUGAAGGAAUAUCAAGAGGCCGUUGAUUGUGCCAGAAAAGCAUCAAACAUCAAAGUCUGGAAACAGGUUAAUACUGCUUGUAUUGCUAGUAAAGAGUUCCGUCUAGCUCAAAUUUGUGGUUUGAACCUUAUCAUUGAUGCUGAUGAGUUAGAAGAGUUGGUUGAAAUUUAUGAAACUAAUGGUUAUUUUGAUGAAUUGAUCUCAUUAUUUGAGUCUGGUCUUGGGUUAGAAAGAGCCCAUAUGGGUAUGUUUACUGAAUUGGCAAUAUUAUAUUCCAAAUAUAUUCCUGCUAAAACUAUGGAACAUCUUAAGCUAUUUUGGUCUAGAAUAAACAUUCCAAAAGUAUUGAAAGCAUGCAAAGAAGCUCAUUUAUGGCCAGAAUUGAUUUUCCUUUACUGUCACUAUGAUGAAUGGGACAACGCUGUGUUAGCUGUUAUUGAUAGAUCAGCAGAUGCUUUUGAUCACCAACAAUUCAAAGAGAUUAUUGUCAAGGUUUCUAAUUUAGAAAUUUACUACAAAGGAAUCAAUUUCUACAUGAAUGAACAUCCAGAUUUGAUUGUUGACUUGCUUUCUGUUAUGGUAGUAAGAGUUGACAUUGGAAGAGUAGUUAGAAUCUUUCAAAAGUCUGACAAUUUACCAAUGAUUAAACCAUUUUUAAUAUCUGUUUUGGAUAAGAAUAACUCAGUUGUCAAUGAAGCAUAUCAUCAACUAUUAAUCGAAGAAGAAGAUUACAAAACUUUAAGAGUAACAAUUGAUGCACACGAUAGAUUUGAUUCAAUAGAUUUAGCUUAUAGAUUAGAGAAGCAUGAAUUGAUAUUCUUUAGACAAAUCUCUGCUUAUCUUUACCGCAAGAAUAACAAGUACAACAAAGCAAUUUCUAUAUUAAAAGAAGAUAGAUUAUGGACCGAUUUGAUUGAAACUGUCACUAUUUCUAAAUCAACUAAAAUUUGUCAUGAGUUGUUAGAAUAUUUUGUUGAAAUUGGAAAUAGAGAAUGUUUUGUUGCAUUAUUAUACGUUGCUUAUAAUUUGGCUGAAUACGAUUUUGUUUUAGAGUUAUCUUGGUUGCACAACUUGGGUGAUUACAUCAAACCAUACGAAAUAUCAAUCAAAACAGAACAAAAUAAUAAAAUCAAUGAAUUAUUCAAAGAUUUGACUAUCAGACGAGAAAAAGAAAAAAAAGAUGAAGACACACCAGUUUUUGGUAAUCAGCUAUUGUUGACUAGUGGACCAGCUCCAUUAGCUGUUCCUCAGCCAGCAGCUCCAAUUUUAACUGGAUUUAACCCUAAUAAUUCUGGAUUAGGAUUUCAAGCUACCGGAGCUGGAUUUGGUAACAUUUACUGAUUGAUUUGAAUUGGUAGUUGGUCUUUUGUUUAGAUUAUUCUUGUGUUUGAAAGGUUCAGUUAUUUUUUUUCCUAUUUUUUGCCCACUUCUAUUUUUUUAUCUUUUUAACCCUAUUUUUUUGUUUCAAUUUCUCUUUACUUACAUAGUUUUUAAAAUUAAAAUGUUCUUACCUAUUAUAUUCUUUAA